CUCCAUCGGCAAGUGGUGGCGUCUACAUACAUUGUAUGAGUGAAAAAUUCAACAUACAAACAAUCCCUUUGACUGCUGUUAAUACAAGUGUUUCUUUCCUGUCACUCGUUAUACUAUUGAUGACCAAUAAUAAUAUAUAUGUCCUUCUGUUUAGUAACUUGAAUUUAACCACCGAGGUUUUAAGAAAAGGCAUAUCCAGUUUUAAAUAAAAGGACUUUAAUCGGAAGUUCAUUUAGUUUGUUUGCAGAACAUAAGAACUCCAAUUUUACAAAAGGAAGUAAGUUUACGAGAAUAUGGAGCGUCCGGCAGUCUUGCUCAUUGCAUUGGUGAUAUUAAUUUGCGCAGUCAUCCUUCAGUUAUUCGGCCUAGCCUCACCAUAUUGGAUUUCUAACGAGAAUUCAAUAGAUCCAGAAAAAGAUUCAGCAACGUACGCUGGUUUGUGGAAAAUGUGUACAUGUAAAGAUACUGGCGAUUACCUACAGAAUGAUAUAGAUAUCUCAAACAGCCAGUUGCGCACUAAAUCUUCUCAAACUAUGAGUAUCCUGGGCUUCGUUGCACUCAUGUUUGCUUCAGGGUUGACAAUCUUAAAGUUAUGUUUUCUUAAGCAUAUGAAACCACUACUAAUUGUGUCCAGUAUUUCAGCUUUUGUUGGAGCUUUCUUCAUUGCAGUUUCCAUUCUACUGUUUGCAGCUGACGUCAAUAAUGCGAAACUACUAUACAGAUAUGAAUUUCAUUUUGCUUUUGCCUUCUCCAUUCUGGCAAUGAUAAUAGCUUUUAUGUCUGGGGGUUUUAUGAUCCUAGAAAUACCAAAGUAAGCUACACAAGAAAUCCAAGAAACAGAUCAAGAAAUAAAGUGAUUUCCUGAAUAUACAAGCUUCUUCUUUUGUCUAAAAAUGAUGGCGUGUUUGAACAGUUAUAUUUGUAAUAUCUAAAUAAAUUCGUGAAAUUUUAGAAAAUC